AUGAGCUCGUCUGGGGACGGUCUAAAGAGCGAACCACCCCCCGGCACGUCCCCGCCUUCCGCUUCGGGAGAGCAACCCGUGCCGAGCGUCUCCGAACCCAGCAGCGAGACAGCCGACCAUGUGAUGGUCUCUACAGAAAUCGCCGACACUGAACAAGCACGUUCAGCUACUAUUGGCCACGCAGUGGCAUCCACCGAUCUUCCCAUGCAUACGCCAGACACCCACGUUCCUACGACGGACGUGGAUAUCUCCACUGUUUCCGGCCACAGCACUGGAUGCGAGUUCAGCUCCGACGAACUUCUAGCGAGCGACGUCGACAUGCGUUCAUCGACCGAUCCCGAUCAACCCCAUAGCUCUCCUAUGCAGACUUCGUCAGUCUCCGCAUCUUCUGCAGGCUCUCAGCAAUCUUCAUUAGAUCAGCCCCUUUUGGGCUCAGCCACGGAAGCACCUUCUGGAUCACGAUUCCGUGCGGGUUGGCAAACUGAUACCACUCAACUCAGCUUCGCACAAUCGUUCGAGGAUUCACAGAAGCCAACUACGUCCACAGAAGGUUUCUCUUCACGCGUACAGGACCCAUCCACGCGUCCCCAACCACCCAGGGGCACCUCCCGCCGACCGGCACGCGCCACAACAACGGCACCCUUACCCCGGCGAGGAACUUCCACAACCCGUGGUGCCCGGGGCCAACGUCGUCUACUUCGCAGUCGCAGCUGCGUCGCUGAAAAGCCUUCUUCGUCGAAAACGCAAGAGCUUCCUGAGGACACUCCAGAGGGUUUUUGGCACUACUUGAUCGACCGGCAUCCAUGGGCCGAAUACGUCAAGCCUCGGCAGCUACGUAUGCACGAAAUCGCUUCGCAGCAAGUGACUAACGAGCUAUCCGAAGACAUUUAUCGCCCCGUACCAACUCCGGGAUACCUGAAGCUUAAAUUCGUGCGGUCGCUCUUUCCGCGAGUUACACCUAUAAACGGCCUCGUUACCGCAUCACUUCCGUUCCUGGAACUACCAUCUCUCGAGGACGCCGUCGUCUUCCGCGGGAACGCCGACAAUAUUAUACAGGCUGCUCUCAGGGGUCACGUUCAACCAGAGCCACAGCCCCCCGAGGGUAGGCAAGCAGCAAAAGGAGCAUGGACAUCGGUAGUCGCUCCUCGUUACCUCAAGGCCGAUCGCCAGGACGCCACGAUGCGGAUGGGACGGAUUUUCAACGCAGCUUCAUCGGCGUUGGCAGCGUACGUCUCCAUGGAUGACGACAAGGAAACACACCGUGUCACAGCUACCGUGCCCAGCCUCUCCGCCUAUCCGUUGCGGAUAGAGUUCCUUCUUUCGGGCAUGAGCACCGAGGCGGGCUGGUCUCGUCAUCGUCCCGUGGAUGUUUGGAUCAUGGGGGCUUUCUUCUUCGUCCGCAUGACGGUGGAGGCCGUCAUUCAUGUGCGAGAAAUGCGGCAGCUCCGUAUUCAGCUCCGAGCCUACCCGUGGUCACACCGAUCCCUACUACGUGCGACCAAUCACGUCGGACGACUGGCUGGGAAUUCCGCGUUUCUGGAAGUCUGCGUCAAGCUUGGGAAGCUCUCAUCUAGCACCAUCCCGGCUUACGAAGCGGUCACCCAUAUGCGGCUGUUCUCGGACAUUCCAACUGGCAGUAUGGCGCACAAGAUCAUGGACGCUGUGUACGGACUCACACCUUUAGGCUGCCUUAAUGAGGAUGAGAAGCAUUUGUGGCCUCUCGCACGUUGCAUUGUACCGCGCCCUCCGGCCAUGCAAUGGCAUCGUCUACAGAUAUCUCUUCCACGGGUACUGCUAGUUUGCAGCGAAGCCCUUCGCCUGCUCCUUGCCACGUAG